UAGACACGUGAGCAGACGUCAUAGUGUUUCUGAAGAUCUGUUCAAGGAGGUAAACAGAGAAUCUCAAAGAUACUGUUGAGAGCAGAGCAGACAAGACCAGGAUUUACCGCAUGUCAAGGAUUUCUUCCGCAGGUGGAGAAGGUGUUGAGGUCUCCUCGCUGAUCCACGCAGAUGCCGCAGAAGGAUCCGUGUCAGAAGCCAGCCUGCGCCAUACAGAAGUGUUUACAAGCCAACAGAUACAUUGAAAGCCGGUGUGAAGACGUAAUCCGGGCCAUGAGAAGAUGUUGUGAACUUCAUGCAGGAGAGAACUCUGUGUGCUGCUCUGGAUUUAAACACGAUAACAAAACCACAGAGGAGAAAGCAGAUCAAACUAAAUGAUGUGCUCUAUACCAGAAAUAAAUAUAUAUUUAUUUUACCAGACACCAUAACUCCAAAAGUAUGUGCACCCAUGAUGAUCACACCAUAAUGUGGUCCUUCUCCAAACUGGUUAACUUCUUUCCCUUAAGAGAACAUUAUAGUGUUCCAGCACAACAAUGCUCAUGUGCACAAAGCGAGCUUCAGGAGGUUGGACUGGAAGAAAUCUAGUGUCCUGCACAGAACCCUAACCUCCUGAACCUCCAUGAAGAUCCUGACAUCCGUGUCUGAUGUCACUAAUGCUCUACUCUAGUGGAAAGACUGCAUGUUGAAACUUAUUCCAAAACCAGAAUAAAUCUGGAAUGAGACGUUCAACAGGAACAUGUCUGAUCAGGGGUGCACAUACUUUUAGCCGUAUCGCAUGUAAACAGGGACGUUUGGAGGUUUGAUCGCUCCAAAGAACCAUCUUUGUACUGUUCUUUAAAAAAAAAAAAAAAAAAAAAAAUGGGCUUUGAUGCUGAUUAAAGGAAAUUCAAAGACGAA